UGUCUGCUAUUGAAAAAUCAAACCAACCAACCAACACUACUAGCAGACGAAAUCAUGUGUUCGUAAGAGAAGCUCGUUGAACAUUCGAAAAAGGGCUGUUCCCGUUCGUUAUAUGUAGCAACAUAGUUGUAAUAACGAGAGGCCAAGGGGACAGACAACAAUAAGGACUGACCGAAUAUUAGUGAGACAGACAUCGCUGCUACGUCACUUGCUAGUGCGCUAGCGACAUUAUCACUAGCCGGCGGUGCCGUAGUGAUGGUAGUGGUGGUGGUCGUGUCGUCGGAGAUUAACGACAACAGACGGACUUCACUCGGUGGAGGUAAAGAAUUGGCAACGAACGGAAAUUGCCGAAGACGUCUCGACAAGAAUCGGCUGCAAUCUUAGUUGAGAAGUGUGCUGCUUGCUUAUCAAGAGGAUGGGGGAAAUGACUUAGCUGCUUAUAAAAGCUUCUCUGCAACAUGGAAAAUGGAUGAAGACUGUAGCUUUUAUAGUAUGCAGACUGUCUGGAGUUCCCAGAAUUGUAGAUUUAACGGCAUCUGAAAUAUUUUGCAAGCAGUGGAAGUGUCCGCGGCGUUAAACGCGUUGGACUUAGUGUGGGGGAGAGAGAAGUCGACCAAGGUGUGCUUCUUGUGUGGAGCUGCCGAACCACGGACCACCGUGGCUUGGACGUAAUCACAGCUGGGUUUUUUUAAAGCAAUGGGUGGAUGUAGUUCGGCCCUAAUCAUUUCUAUGUGUGGACUUGUGUUCUUGGAUGUAUCUUUCGCUGCUCAUUACACGGAUAAGUGGGCAGUUCACAUUGAAGGAGGUGUACAUGCGGCCAAGUCUUUAACUGAAAAGCACGGAUUUAUUUUCUUGGGAGAGAUCAUGCCCGACUUCUAUCAUAUACAACAUAAAAAAGUAGCCAAGCGAUCUAUUUAUGCCAGUAAAUCUCAUCAAGUGGCCUUAGCAGCAGAACCACAGGUGAAAUGGAUAGAGCAACAAAUUUCAAAACACAGAGUCAAAAGAAAUGUUAACUUUAACGACCCAAAGUGGACUAUGAUGUGGUAUUUGAAUCGUGGACAUGGUCUUGAUAUGAAUGUUAGAAGAGCCUGGGAAAGAGGCUAUACAGGACAAGGCGUUGUUGUAACUAUUCUAGAUGAUGGAAUUGAAAGAGAUCAUCCAGAUCUUAGGAGAAAUUAUGAUGACCAAGCUAGUUAUGAUGUAAAUGACCACGAUCCAGAUCCAACACCACGUUAUGACUAUACAAAUGAAAAUAGACAUGGUACAAGGUGUGCAGGUGAAGUUGCUGCUGAGAAAGAUAACCUUAUAUGUAGUGUAGGUGUAGCAUAUGAUGCCAGUAUUGGAGGCGUUCGAAUGCUCGAUGGUGAUGUAACAGAUUCUGUUGAAGCUCAAUCAUUAAGUCAUAAUCCACAACACAUUCAUGUAUACAGUGCUAGUUGGGGACCUGAUGAUGAUGGUCGAACUGUUGAUGGACCAGCUACUCUAGCAAGGAAAGCCUUUUUUGAUGGAAUCACAAAGGGACGAGGAGGUUUGGGAUCAAUAUUUGUCUGGGCUUCAGGCAAUGGUGGCCGGGAUGGAGACAGCUGCAACUGUGAUGGUUACACCAAUAGUAUUUAUACCUUAUCUAUCAGCAGUGCAACUGAAAAUGGUAAUAUUCCAUGGUAUUCAGAAGCCUGUUCAUCCACACUAGCAACCACUUACAGUAGUGGAUCCAGUAUGGAGAGACAGAUUGUAACAACCGAUCUGCGAAGAGGUUGCACUGAAACACAUACUGGAACAAGUGCUAGUGCUCCUUUGGCUGCUGGUUUAUGUGCUUUGGCAUUACAAGCAAAUUCAAUGUUAACAUGGCGUGAUAUGCAACAUAUAGUUGUUAUGACAGCUAAACCUGAAAAUCUACGUGCUCAAGAUUGGCUUAUAAAUGGAAUUGGCCGUAAAGUGAGUCAUUCUUUUGGAUAUGGUUUGAUGGAUGCUGCUGAAAUGGUAUCUUUAGCCAAAAACUGGACCACUGUGCCAAAACAACAAGUAUGUGAAAUCCGUUAUCCUGAAAAAAGCAGAGUUGUCCCUCCAAAUAGCAGAGUGACUGCUGCUCUUUAUUCUACUGGCUGUGAAGGAAGAAAUAACCAUGUAAAAUAUUUAGAACAUGUGCAGGCACGUGUUACAUUAACAUCAGACCGUCGAGGAGAAAUACAAAUUUUCUUAACUUCACCAAUGGGGACAAGAUCAACUUUGCUUGCUCGAAGAACCAGAGAUACUUCACAAGAUGGAUUUAGCAAUUGGGCUUUCAUGACAACACAUAAUUGGGGAGAGUUUGCCAAAGGAACUUGGAUGCUAGAAAUUGAGAAUGGAGCAAGUGCAUCAGAAUUACGAGAAUGGGUUUUGGUCAUUCUUGGCACAAAGGAACAUCCUCGACAUCGCAAUAUUACUCCAGAAACAUCACGCAUGAAUCAGCAAUUUCAGUCUGUAUAUACUUGUGCUGGUGAAUCUCCUAGCAGUAGGGUCUGCAUAGAAUGUCGUGUGGGGUUCUAUAAGUUGGGUAGCAAAUGUGUUGCCACCUGCCCAGUACAGUAUUACGGUUACGUUGAAAUUGUUUCAUCACAUAAUGGCAAUUCAAAUAAAACAGUCGCUACGUGUCGCAAGUGUCACCCAGCAUGCAAUAAAUGCAAAGGAGGAAGGAAUACUGAUUGCUUCGAAUGUAAUCCUGAUUAUAUUCUAGAAAGCAGACAGUGCAUUCCAAAAGAAUUCAUUGAAUCUAUGAGUCCUUAUAAAUUCCUCAUUUGGUUUGCAUCAAUUGUUGUCAUGCUCUUUGUCUUUUAUUGUGCGUUUAGGUUGUGCCCACAAUACCUAAAGCAACAAGAGAAGCAAAGUAUUGAUCAACAACCAUCUCAAGAAAUGUCUAUGCCACCAGCUCCACCAUCACCACUCCAGAAUACUUGGUCAACAUGUAACCAUUCUCACCAACCUGUGGAACAAGGCUUUUGAGCUCUCUGAAAUAUCAAAUUACUUCCUCAUCAAAUUGGCCAAAUGAAGAUUUUGGUCUCUUGUAGGCAUAACUCCAAGGAAUACUCUUACUAGCCUGCCAUAUUGAAUCGUUGUCCAUUCUCAGUCAAAUUUUGGGUGGGGAAUUUAAAUGCCAAAACAUUGGUAAAUGUCUAAGUCUCAAGAUGACAAUACAUAACCAUCUUGGAAUCUUAUAAUGUUGUUAUUUGACAGCUUUGUCAUACCUUAAUACGUUAGCAAUCUCUGUCUCUUUCAUGAUCACACACAAACACACAACACCUAAAGCAACGAGAGAUGUGUGUGUGUGUGUAUGUGUGUGUGCAGUAACACAUACACAUACAUUCUAGAAAUGAACAAAAGCCAAUUAGUGUAAAUGCACUUAAAACUAAAUUUCCUGUGAAAUUAGGAAAUUCAACUGAUAUUUAUAUUUGGGGAGGAAAAAAAAGAAAGAAAAAAUUCAUGUAAUAUUAAUAAUUAAGCCAAUUACUAAUGUUAAAGUUGCUUUCAAUUGAUAGUAUUGCCAAGUCUAUAUGAAGAAUAUAGCAUAUUGUAUUCUAAAUUAUUGCUAUGUUGUGCGUAAAAGCAUGAUCAAGAUCAGCUAUGUGUAAGGUAUGGUUAAGCUUGGGCUUACUCUAAAUUAUAUCCCUGGAUGAGAUGUGCUAGUCCAGGCAGGCUGGGGAAAAGCUCUCAAUUCAGAUGCAUCCAUUUACUCUUGUAUGUUAAAUCAAGCUUUCAAACUUCAUCAUAAAGCUGUGUCCAAUACAGAAUAGUCUGAUGUUUAGGAGUAAUAAUCUUUACAGAGAAUAAAUACAGAGGGAGACAUAGUUCACAUAGGCCCUUUGCAUUCAUUCUUGAUUGAUGACUUCAAUCAGAAUCCAAACGCCAAAAUAUUUCAAAUUUUUAAAAGGGAAGCUGUAUGAUCGAUUAUAUCUUUUUGAAAAAAGUGAGAUGAAAAUGUUAUGAUGGAUCUUCAAAUGUGAGCCAGAAAAUGGAUUGAUUAAAUGAAAUUUAGGAAAUUAAAAUCAUUGAGAUACUCCUUUUGUCGCAGUAGAUUUGUGAUAUAAUAAUCAUAUAGAGAUAAUCUUAGUAAGAAUUGAGUGGUAAAAUACUAUUCACUUGAUAAAAUAUUAGUCACUUGCUACAUAGUAGAGACACUAAAAAAAAAAAAGAAAAACCUAUGGAAAAAUUAGAUUGCAGAUAACUUAAAGCACUUAGCCUUCAUGUUAACAAUAUAAACAAAUUGGGAUCGAGUAUUUCAGUUCUUUUUAAAAUAAAGGGCUAAUGGGACAUAUAAAAAAUUAAGAUUUGUAUAAUGUGAAGGCAUUGUAAUUGAAAAUAGAAAUUACUUGAUACAAUUAAGAUUAUGUAUUCUUUAAUUCCAACCUACAUAUGUUGGAAAGAAACAAUAUGGAGAGAAAACCAGAAGAGGAAUCCUUAAUUCUGCUUCCUACAGAUAAUCCCUAGACUUCAAAGGAUAACUUUAUUAUAAUAUAGUUGUUUCAUUUUGGAUUAUUUUUACUGUUUUGUACAUUACUAGGAUUGGCAGAAACCUUAGAGUGCUAGACUAGAACUAAUUUUAGUAAUUUCUUUUUGGGGCCCCCUGUUUUCAAAUACUGUGCAGGAUGGCUCAGCCUUUUAUCUGUCCAUGAUUUUUAAAUAAGUAUUGAUAUUAUAUUGGAAUUGAUUCAAUUGGUUAUAAAACCUGCUUUUAGACAAACUAGCUUAGUGUCUAAUCACAAUCAGUAUUAUUGAAUAUAGUCUUCAUUUUUAAAUAGUGGUGUUUCAUUGAUUCAGAAAAUCCCUCCAGAGGCCUUCAGGAAGUGGAAGGAUUAGAAAAUUAAAUGAAAUUAUUGAAGUAAAUUUUUCAUUAUAGAUUCUAAAAGUUGGUAAUCAGAAGUAAUAGAUGAUAUAUGAAUAAAUUUUGUUUAUAUAGAGCUACAUUAAUACGAAAACAUAAAUUAGCACCAUGAUUUUUUUAAAGUCCAAGGAAGAUUACAACAGCCAUAGACCCCUCUACCAUUUCCAGAUAAUGUGGUUGAUGUAGGUGAUGUUUUGUUUGAACUUCUACAUGUUGAUGCCUGUAGAGAAAAAGUGAGAACUGCAGUUCUGGGGAGAAAGAAUUGGCUGAAGUAUUUCUUGGCAGAUUCUCAGCUGUCAUUAGUAUUCCUGUUAAUUAUAUUAAAUGCAUAAAAACCUGGAGAACUGAAUAUGUGUGACAAAGCCUACUAUUCAUUCAAACUUCUACUAGAUAAUGAAAAAUGUGGGAAUAAUAAUCCAGAAAAAAUGUCUAUAAGUAAAAGAAUUUAUUCUUAAAAUGGAAAGAAAAUUCUUUAGAGUUUUGUACUUUACUGAAAUCGUACUAUCUUUUUAUGAAUGCAUUCUGUUUAAGGUUGUGAGUUACAAAAAGAUGUAAUACACAUUUUUUUUUUAAUGAAUCUCUCUGGCUAGUAAUUUAGUACAAUUUGGCUCUUCCAUUCCUUACAAUAACACAAUACACAGUUGUCGUCAAACUAGUUUUAUUCUUCAGAAAGAUAGAAUAUUUCUGAAUUCUCAGUUGCAACUGUGUAAAUGCUCUUUUAAAAAUGUGUAUGGAAAAAUUUAAAAAAAGUUAUUUUAGAAAACUUCCAUUUAAAAAAAAAAAUCUGCUUAAAAUGAUUUCACAAAAAUGACUGCAUUUGAAGUCCUCCUCCUCCUAAUUUAAGGCAGUGCCUGUUUACAAUGUAUAACAAUGUUUAUACAUUUACAAAUUUCUCAAAGCUGAAUUUCCAUUGGAUAUUUAGCCAUCCAUCCUAAAAUCUAAGGAAUCUUCCAUCUGACUAUAUUAAGUCAUCCACCUUAAGUGUUGUAUAAAAGUUCCUGGAAAUAUCUUGUUAUAUUUUCAUACUGAUUCUUACAGAAAAUUAUUCUUUGUCUACAUAUCCCAUGUUUUCAUAUCUGGCAUUUAAGCUAUCUUAAAGACUUCUUGUUCCUUUCAAGGAGGACUUGUUUAGCCUAGUUUGGUAACUGAGUUACAUUGGGUUACCCACUAUAUGAAAGCUCAAUAUAUUUUGUACAAUUUGAGUAAAUAUUUUUUUCUAGUCUUUGUUUUUAUAUUUUAGCUUUUGUAAUACAACUUCCUAAUUUUGAUUCUAAGUCUGCUUUUUCUAUGCUGGCUGUGUGAGAAAAUGGUAAUGGGUUAAGUGUGGCAUGACUUUGCAUCAUUUCUAUCAUUCUAAUUUUGGCUGUUUCUGCUGUCUCAGGGACUGCAUUGACACGUACAACUAAACCAUUGUCACCCAGCAUUAAAGAUUACUUUUCAAUAUCAUUCCACCUACUAAAUACCAUUUGUACAAACAAACUGAUGAUCUCAAUAAAAAUACAUUUUUAAAAAGAAA